UUGAAUUCACUCAUAUCCAUACACACUCAAGCCAUUUAAGGACAAAGAAUUGCUGCAUUGAACUAUGGAAGAAAAGUAACAAAAUCUAUGGAGAACACAACCCAAGUCAAGUUAUUUUAUCUUUUUGGCUUACAAGAGACAUUUAACAACAAAUCGGUAUAUUUUACCUUGUCUCUUAUCACAUACCUUCUCAUCAUCACUGUGAAUCUGACUCUGAUCAUAACAAUCAUUCAGCAGAAAGGUCUCCAUGAGCCCAUGUAUAUCUUUCUGUGUAGUCUAUGUGUCAAUGAAUUGUAUGGAACUGCUGGUUUCUACCCCAAGUUCUUACUGGACCUUCAGUCAGAUGUUCAGGUGAUAUCUUAUGGUGGAUGUUUCACUCAAACCUGUGUAAUAUACACAUCUGUCCUGUGUGAAAUGUCUACUCUAACAGUGAUGUCAUACGACAGGUAUGUGGCAAUACGCAGACCACUACUAUACCAUAACGUUGUGACAUCUUUAACUGUUAGAAAGUUACUCUUAUUUUCUUGGUGUUAUCCUUUAUUUAUAGCACUCAUAGUAGUUAGUUUAACAGUCAGACUUCCUUUGUGUGGAUCUCGCAUUGAUAAGAUCUUCUGUGACAUUCCGUCUAUACUGAAACAUAUUGUAAGGACUUGUAUAAAGUCAGCUAAGGGAAGGAUUAAGUUCACACAGACAUGUGUGUCACAUUUAUUGACAAUGGUUAUUUUCAUCACAGUGACCCUGUUUGACCAUUUGCAAGGGUGGAAUAAUAUAAAUAUAACUCUAAAUAUGCGUAAUGCAAUGGCUGUACAAUUCCUUGUUAUACCACCUGUCUUUAACCCUGUCAUAUAUGGACUUAAUCAGAUUCGAGUGGGCAGUUUUUAG